UGGAGAGUACAACGGACGCUACAUUGAAAACAUCUUUAUUCAUUUUGAAAUUGUUAAAUAUUAUUGGAUACUGCCAAAGCUACACAUUUUUGCUUACAUUUAUUUAAACUCUUAAACCUUUGUAAUUUUUAGUUAAUUUUCCAUAAUGGCAAAACACAAUAUUGGUCAUCUAGUUGCCAUUAUGUUGGCGCUAGUUUUCUUCAUAGUGGCGAUGGUGUUCACUGGUCUGGCAUCAGCUGGGAAAGCACCAUUUUUGAACCCCACUGGCGACGUUUCUGAUGCUUUAGUGACCCUGAUCACACCGGCAGGGUGGACUUUUAGCAUUUGGGGGAUCAUCUACACUUUUAUGGCUUUGGUGUUGGGUUAUGUCAUCUCUGGCAUCUUUAGGAAGAAUGCCUACGGUUAUGUUUACUGCAGUCCUCCAGUUUUGCCGCAUGCGUUUUACUUGGCCUGGUGCAGCAAUCUGACCUUCAACAUCACAUGGUUGUUCCUGUGGGACAGACUGAUAAUGCCCGUUGCUCUGGUUCUUCUCAUCCUUGUCGCUGUGUCCAACUACUGCAUGAUUCUCCUGUCAUGCUACGGCCUCCACAGCUAUGGAGCCUGGCUCAACAAAUACCACAAAGUAGACCUGUGGCUGCACCGUGUGUUGAUCCAGAAUGGUAUUGCCAUAUAUGCAACGUGGACAACCAUUGCAUCCCAUGUCAACCUAACCAUUGUGUUGAUUGAUAGUGCAAAUAUGAACCAGUCAGACGCAGCCACAACUGCACUCUCCAUUUUGACUGUGUUGCUGUUUGUGUGGUUCAUCCUGGAAAACACUGUCCUGGAUAAACACGUGAGGUACAUUCUCUCCAUUUACCCGUCUGUGAUCUGGGCUCUGGCAGGGGUGUUCGACAAAAACUACAUGGCUUCAUAUUUAUCUCGCACUAACAUAUUCAUCGUUUCCCUAUUGGCCAUCGCCUGUUUCCUGUUUGCUGCUCGCCUAGUUUUGGUCAUCUGGAGGCACAUCAAGACGCCUCUUUAUAAAGAAGUUGAUCCAGAUGAAAUGUCACCGAUGGAGAUCGCUGACAAACGGAAAGGCAUCUUUAAGUAAAUCUCUCGAUUAACGGAGUAUUAUUUCUUCAGUAGAUGUUUUUAUAAUGUUUUGUAAAUAUUGUAAGAUUGAUGACUUUUGCUUUGGGGAACCUAACAUUCAGCAUAAUCUUGCAUUUAAAGAAGAAAAAUGUAGACAUUACAUUAUUAAUAGCCAAUGCAUUUUUGUAAAAUAUGAAACGUGGGUCAUUUGUUGUCAAUGCUUAUUGCCUUUGCAUUUUUGUACAACUUUUGAAAUAAAUAUUUGU